AUGUACACACGAAGUUCGGAACUCCAGAGUGGUCCCCAAAGGGGCAUCCCAAGAGGUUUCUGUUAGUGGCUCCUAUAGGGGACAUCUUAGCAGAUUAUUGUUAUGAAAUCUCUUUUCAACUUUCAAAAUGAACAAAAAUUCGAAGGAUCCUUGGAGGGACCACUUACUCUUUAGGGACUAGGGGUAAGAGCCUAAACCCCUCUAGGGACCACUUUUCGACCCCUUUGAAGCUGUUUUUUCUCCCAGUCCCUAUAGGGGCCACUCUGGAGUUCCUCAGUCAUUUCAAUGAAGAAAUGUCGAUGGUUCGACGUAUCAAAGUAAUUUUGUUUAUAGUUCGAUAAUAUGAGCAAUAGUCUUGAUUUUUUUUUUUCUGUAUCUUGGCUCAGUCAUUUCACUGGGUUUUUGCUGCAUCAGCAGGUUGGUUUCCGGAGAAAAAGUCUUGAUGGGAAGAUUCAGAAGCAACUAGAGCAACUAACAAGAAGAUGACAGAUAUGGAGCCUCGUCUGGCCGCUGGGAAAGGUGGUGGAGGAGCAGGCGGUGGUCAUGGCGGAGGUCAUGGCGGAGGUCAUGGCGGAGGUCAUGGUGGUGGUCAUGGAGGAGGUCAUGGAGGAGGUCAUGGCGGAGGACAUGGAGGAGGACAUGGCGGAGGACAUGGAGGAGGUCAUGGUGGUGGUCACGGCGGAGGUCAUGGAGGAGGUCAUGGCGGAGGACACGGUGGAGGUCAUGUCUUUAGUCAUGGUGGAAGUCACGGUAGAGGUCAUACUGUAGCUCAUGGCCCCAUUGGAAGUCAUUCUGCAGCUCCAAAAAGCCAUGCUCCUUGGAACACUGGAACACCCGCUUUUUCGUCUUCAACACCUUCCGCCCAAGCUUUUGUAAGCAACUUUCUUCUUCACUAUUGAAUUACAACUUUCAGGGCCGUGCUGACCGAAGCCUUUCCGCCUCUAGAAGUACUUCAGUCCCUGCCACCGCUGCUUCGACCAGAUCUUCUCGCUCUACAGUCUCCAAAAUUCAGACGAGCCUUUUCUAAAAUCGCAACUCUCAGAAAUCGAGCCAAUUUGGUGCUGAUCGGACCACCGCCAGAAGUAACUCGACGGCUAGCAGGACUCCUGCCUCGACCAGAUCUUCAAGAUCUCACUCCACAGUCUGCACAAUCCAGAGAAACCUUUCAAAAGCUUCAAUUCUCAGAAUUCGAGCCGUUUUGGUGCUGAUCGGAGCGCUUCUGUCUCCCGGAGUACCGCCAGGAGUAACUCCACGGCUAGCAGGACUCCUGCCUCGACUAGAUCUUCAAUAUCUCGCUCCGCCAAUUUUGUUUCCAGAAAGUUGAUGCUCAAUUGAAUUGUCAACCUUCAGAACUGGAAGUGUCGACUUCGUUCUUCUUCUAAUAAUUAUUCUGAUCGGAGCAAUCCUAGGACUACCGGCACCGCUUCUACCAGAUCUUCAAGAUCUAUGGUUUUUUCGUUUCCCUCAGAUUUUUCAUGAUCCGAGGUUUUCACACCUGCAGACUCAGAAAAAAAAAAUCCAGAAUCAAACUAUCUUUUCCAAAAAACUGAAUCUUUAGAAGUCGAAGCGAGGUACCUCAAAAAAUGCGAAAUCUCACAGAAAAUCGAGGGUUAGAGAAAGUUAGCUGUAUCCUAAAAAUCUCAACGUUUAGAAAACGAAAAACGGUAAGAAAGGUUCUCGGAAAAGGUCAUCAAGAUCUCGCUCUAAGGCUAGGGUAUAGAGAAAUUCAGAAAGAGCUUGAAAUUCCCUAAAAUACUUAUUUUUUAGAGAGUCCGCUUCGAUUCCAACAGCAGUGGCUACUCGACUCGAUCCGAAAAAUCCAGAGUUUGUAGAAAAAAAACUUCUUACUUUGAAAUUUCCAUUUCAGAGGUCCAGAAAUGCUUCAAAUAUAUCGGAAGUAGCUCUCCUCCUUGAAAAUUUGAAUUUUUUUUUCUGUUUUUAGAGAUCCCAAACACCAAGUAACUAUGGCACGGCGUCUUCUAGAACCACAGUCGGGACUUUUUUUUUAAUUUAGGAAAAAGAAAAUAUUCCAGAGCCAAAGUAGCAAUGGAAGGACCAGUUCUCAACCUUCGAAUUUGGUAAACUCAAUGAAUUUUUAAAAAAAAAUAUGAUUUUGCUUCAGUCGAGCCAAGAAUCUUUCCGGCCAUCGAGAAAUCGGGAAAGGAGGGAAAAUGUCAACGCGGAACGAUCUCGAAGAUCAAUAAGUGAAAAAAAUGCUCUGAUUUGAAGGAAUUUUUGAUUUUUAGGCUCCAAUAGGAACGGUAUCCUCGUCAGUCCCACCAAUGUCAGUUUUUUUUUCAUUAAAAAUUGAACUGGAAGAUAUUCCAGAGAGCCCAGCACGUCGAUAGAAGCGUUUCAAGGCACCACGAAACGAAUUUCGAACGGAAUCGUCGUAAUACGACUGCGGGCAAAGAAUGGAACACAGUUUUCCCUCCUGGCCGUCUUGUGGUUAUGACUUUUCGAGCAUUCAAAAUAUCUAACCUUUUUCUACAGGUCUACACUGACGCCUCUUACAGUAGAGGUCAGGGAGGAAUCGGAAUCUUCCACGGACCUGGCCAUCCUUUGAACAGGUUCAACAUUAAUCUUUUUUUGAUGAAAGUUUAAAAAUUAGAUCUCAUCGCGUACACGGCGCCAGAGACAAUCAUAUCGUUGAAAUCACUGCCGUCAAAUUAGCCCUGGAGAAUAUUCUCAAAACGCCAGAGUACAAGUUUUCAAUGCUUUUUUGUCUCGAAGUUCAGCUUUUUCACACAGAAAUAUGCCCGUCACCGUUCGAACGGACUAUCUGGACAUAGUCAAAGCCGUUAAAAGUGGUCCUCGCGUCAGGUAACAGAAAAAAAAAAAUAAUAAGAUGAGAACGUCUUUAAGGUAUGUGGCGGAAAAACAAGAAGUCGUUAAUCUGGCGAAGCAGUUUAACGAUAUAAGAUUCGAGCACGUCUACGCUCACUCACAGGAUCCCGGCAAUGAAAUGGUAUCUUAAUUUUUAAUUUAUAUUUAAAAUUCUCUCUUUACAGGCGGACUUGCUGGCUGGUACCGCUACAGGCAGAGGUCCGUUUACUGGAAGAUCUAAUAGCAAUCCAACUCGGGGUUUUAUAUUCAACUAUUCUUACAUUUAAAAAGCGAUAUAAAAUAGAGAGGAAUCGAGCUCGGUCACGAUCUAACGAUCCAAACCACAUCCGCUCUCACAGUGCUGACGCAGGUUACAGAAAUUCGACGGUUCAAGAAGCUUUUCGAGAAAAAUUUAAGAUAAUAUCUUUUCAGACUGACAACUACAACUGA